AUGAAAUCCAAAACUCAGCUAGGUAGAGCAGGGAGGAGAAGGAGAAGAAGCAGCAGUAGCAGCAGCAGCAGAAAAAUCCAGAUGUUUCUUCCUCGCACUCGGAGCGAAGCCUUGAAGGCCAAGGCCCAGGCCCAGGCCCAGGCCCUGGCAAAGGCGCCCCCACUGGCUGCCGAUGGCGCCUCCCGCUCCGUGACGGUGGCCUCCAGCAGCUCCAAGCCUGGAGCAGACCCAGGCAAGCAGGGGGUCGGGAGGCCCAGAUCCCCGAGUAAGCCCACGCUAAAGGCCAAGGACCCGUCUCGGCACCGCAAGGUAACUGACUAUUUCCCAGUGCGGCGGAGCACUAGAAAGAAUUGCGGGGAGCUGCGUACUGAGGCCAGGAUAAGGCUCAACGAGCUGAUCAAGAGCGGGAAGGAGGAGGGCAUGCGGGUCGGUAUCUUUGACGGGAAAGGCCGCGGAGUGAUCACCACCAGGCCCUUCAGACGGGGCGACUACGUGGUGGAGUACCACGGGGACCUCAUCGACUUGGCGGCUGCCAAGAAGCGAGAAGCCCGCUAUGCAAAGAAUCCUGCCACCGGCUGCUACAUGUACUAUUUCCAUUAUCGGAGCAAAGGCUACUGCGUAGAUGCCACCAAAGAAUCCGGCCGCCUGGGACGGCUCAUCAACCACAGCAAGAGCGGUAACUGUCAGACCAAACUGCAUCCCAUUGAUGGCGUCCCUCAUCUCAUCGUGAUCGCCACCCGGGACAUCGAGGUAGGCGAGGAGCUGCUUUAUGACUAUGGGGACAGAAGUAAGGCCUCCUUGGAGGCCUACCCCUGGCUGAAAUACUAA